GCGCGGCGAUGCCCGCGCCCGGCGCCCGAUGAGUGCUGAGGCGGAGGCCCCCCGGGCGGGGACCGGCCCGGCGGACCCGGGGCCCGGCUCGCCCGCCGCCAUGGAACCGGCGCUGCCGCCCGCUUCCCCGCGGGCGGCGCCGGGGGACGGCCUGUUCGGGUGGCUGCGCGGGCGCUGCCUGGGCCGCAGCGCCGCCGUGGACCCGGCGCGGGACACCUUCCGCGCCAUGACCGGGCUGUACGGCUCCAUCCAGCCCGCCGACUCCGUGUACCUCAGCACCCGCACGCACGGCGCCGUCUUCAACCUCGAGUACUCUCCCGACGGGUCAGUGUUGACUGUUGCUUGUGAACAGACUGAAGUACUGCUUUUUGACCCUAUAUCUUCAAAGCACAUCAAAACUCUCUCUGAAGCUCACGAAGACUGUGUAAAUAAUAUCAGGUUUCUAGAUAAUCGACUGUUUGCGACUUGUUCUGAUGACACUACAAUAGCACUUUGGGAUCUGAGGAAGCUGAACACAAAAGUAUGCACUUUACAUGGCCACACCAGCUGGGUGAAGAACAUUGAGUACGAUACCAAUACGAGAUUGCUUGUGACGUCAGGCUUUGAUGGAAAUGUGAUCAUCUGGGACACAAACAGAUGCACAGAAGAUGGAUGUCCCCACAAGAAGUUUUUUCACACCCGUUUUCUCAUGAGAAUGAGGCUGACGCCAGACUGUUCCAAAAUGUUGAUCUCAACCUCCUCUGGAUAUCUCUUGAUUUUGCAUGACCUUGACCUAAACAAAUCUUUAGAGGUUGGCAGCUACCCAAUUUUAAGAGCUAGGAGGACUACAUCAAGUUCAGACAUAACGUCAUCAGGUUCCUCUGGUCCUCGAGCUGUUGGUUCACCAUGCCACCAGAAUGAUUCAGGUCCACUGUCUGAGAAACAGCUGUCACGGUCCUCCCAGCGAGAAGGUGGGUCACCUAGGAAUAGUUUGGAGGUCCUAACACCUGAGGUUCCUGGAGAAAGAGAUCGAGGCAAUUGCAUCACAUCACUACAGCUGCACCCGAAAGGGUGGGCUACACUUCUUCGGUGCUCGAGUAAUACAGAUGACCAGGAGUGGACUUGUGUCUAUGAAUUCCAGGAAGGAGACCCUGUGCGCCCUGUCUCGCCCCGCUGUUCCCUGCGGCUGACUCAUUGCAUUGAAGAAGCCAACGUGGGCCGGGGUUACAUCAAAGAACUCUGCUUCAGCCCCGAUGGCCGAAUGAUUUCAUCCCCGCAUGGCUUUGGGAUCCGCUUGUUGGGGUUUGACGCUCACUGCAGUGAACUUGUCGACUGUUUACCCAAAGAAGCCAGUCCCCUGAAAGAAAUCCGUUCCCUCUACUCUCACAACGAUGUGGUACUGACAACCAAGUUUUCUCCAACACACUGUCAGAUUGCCUCAGGGUGCCUUAGCGGACGUGUUUCUCUGUAUCAGCCAAAGUUCUAGGCACAUCUUACAUCCACAGAACCUUCAGAUGUUUGUGGUUUUUACUUCAGUUUAGUUGAAGUACGUUGCUUCUGAAAUCUCUAAAUCCAGAUGAGAUCAUAGCUGCUAUGGUCUCUGAACACAGCACUGGAAGAGGUUUCCAGCCCAGCACUGUAUUCGUUCUCAUCCUGCGUCCACAAAUCCACUUCCAUGUGCUGUGUUUCCAGCCUUCCAAGCAAACGUCUGCUCCUGCUGAUCCUGUGCCAUUGAGUCAUUGUUCUGGUUUGUUUGUACCGUAGUACUUGUUGAUAAUUUCCUUUGAUGCAACUUGGAUAUUUGAAACAAAUAUAGAGAGGAGGCAAGGGUAUCAGUUCAGUCAUACCCAGGCUCCUUGGGUAUGACACCUCCUUCUUCUGAAGGAGAUGGACCUUCUCCCCUACACUUCCUUGGCCCUUUCUGUUGCUGAAAACUACUCUAUGGUGAUAUUAGAUAAUGAGCUGCUUUUUGUGUGUAGUUAACAUAGUUAAUUACUGUCACCAGAAGAAGAGAAAACUUUUUGCUUCAUCUAUAUAUUAAUUUGAUUGUUUGUGGUUGGCUAGAAACUUUCUGUAAUGUUUUGCUGCAGUUAAAGGAUUUGGUUUUCUGUGAACCCAUAUACUGUGUUUAUUGCCAGAAGGAAGAGACUCUCUACGGAGGUGUAGCUGCAUUUUUUUUUAGUCACAAUUCAGUAGGAAAAGACUGGGACAGGGAAAGAGGAGUUGAAUGGGUGAAGACCCUGCCCUGUAACCACUGCCAACAAGCUGUCUGGCUGUUUUGUACAACAGGGGUGUCCUUGAUUGGCCUCUCUUGGGCAGCUUUGACUCCUCAGCUGCCAGGGUUUCUGUUGUAGGGAGCUUUCUGUGUCAGUAACAUAAACCUUCAUCACAUGUUUGAAACUUAACACAGCAGAAUUUUUCUCAUGAUGUUAAGGCUGUUUCCCACCUGACUGUUCUUGCACACCUCGUCUACACCAGUGGCUGUGAGAGGAAUUUGUCUAGGAUCACAGAAUCUCAAGGGCUGGAAGAGACCUCAAAAGAUCGUCUAGUCUCCAAUGUCACCAGAUAAGCCUUUCUUCACAUGUACUGUCAGUUUAGGAAUGGAUUAAAACCUUGCCCAUCUGCAGUAAAAUCUGUUUGGAUUUAAUUUGGCUUAGGCUGAGAAGUAGAAAAUGUUAAUGGUCACCAUUAAAUCACAUAUAAAGUGUGAAUGCCAGGUUUUAUCCCUCAGCUUAAUACACCUGAACUUGUAAAUGCACAGUUAUUUCAGUCUCAUACAUGCAUAUCAGUUUAUGGUACUUUCAUCACUUACAUGUUCCAAGACCCAUUUUCCUUUCAGGAUUUCGUUAAGGUUUUGCUGACCAGUAACACACUCAAUUCAGCAGGAAACUCGACCUAAAAAAAACUGUCAUAUUUUUGUGUUCACAUGCACCAUCUCUAGCUCGACAGAAUAUGCUUUUUAAAAGCUGACUCCGAUAAAACCUUUUGCAAAAUGUGUGUUUGGCAAAAAGUCAGCACCUGUGAAGAUGAGAGAGCUGGAAAUAGGCAAGCCUGGUGAUCCUCUGGUAGUUUUGAAUUCAUGUAGGCAGCACACUCCGUUGGUGUUGGUGGAGAAGUCAUUGAAACUCAAGGCUCCUCUGCAUUAUGAGUAAAAAAAAACCAGCUUCCUCUUUUGGAGAAUUUAUUUAGGAAUACAAAGCCUUCAAUAUUGGGUAUGUGCUAAUAUGAGGACUAGGUAAUUACUCUGCAUCGAGUUUCAUCAUCUCUAGCAGCUGAUUGCUCAAGGACUACAGUCAAGUAGUAAAGUAUGUGACAGACUUUCUACUGUUCGAUAAAGUCCUAAACUUUCUGUUCUCAUGAGUUUUUAUUGAAAUUAUUUUAUGGUGGUCUCUCGGUAUAGAGGGAUAGUAACUGGGGGAUAAUUGAAAAUGUACUGAAAAUGUACUCGCUUAACCUGUAAAUAAAGGCCCGUGGUCUUCUCAGACA